AUGCCUGGCCUAAGGAACCGCUCCAACUGGGCACCCCUGCUCCUGAAAGCGUCCUGCGUGAAGUCAUGUGCCAACGGCUGCUCUCUGGGCAUCACUGCCCAUCUCACCUACGCCAACAUAGACCCUGAGCCUGUGGAGGGUGUGUUUGUGUACCCCCUGGCGGAGAAGGAGGUGGUGGUGGGUUUUGAGGCGGUGAUUGCGGGCCGCGUGGUGAGCGUGCAGAUCCAGAGCCGGGGGACGCUGGAGGACUGCUGCCUGGACUGCUGCCCAGCCUCGGCCCUCGACACCCAGUGCUCCAGCACCAAGGACUGGUGCUGCUGCGGCAACUCCAGCCAGGACAUGCAGUGCACCAACGGGCACCUGAUCCUGGACGAGGACCUGGAGAGGGGCACCUUCAUCGUCAGCACGGGCCUCAUCGGCUCCAUGGAGAUCGUCUCCAUCAUCAUCAGCACCACUCAGGAACUACCCACCAUGGAGAAUGGAGCCAUCCACCUCGUCUACCCCACAGUGCUCACGCCCAUAGUGAGGGCACGGAUGGUACCAAGCAAGAGUGACAACGGGGGACGCUCAGAAGAAAACGGUUCGACCAGCUGUUUCAGCUCUGGUCCGGGGAAGCCAGACCGCCUGCUGGGCCCCAGUCAGCAGUGUGUGCACACCAUCUUCACCAGCGCCACCACCAACCUCUCACCUUACGACUUCACCUUCCAGCUGCUGGUCAGGGGGGGCUGUCUACUGGCAGGUAUGGAGAGCCCCACCCACCCCCUGCGUGCGGAUGCCGACCCCAGUGCCCAGUCCGCCUCCACCACCUGCAUCACGCUGGCCGAGGAGCACCCCUACAACCGGCACCUGGAGAUCAUACUGCACCUCAGCGAGCCUCACAACCCAUUGGUCAUCUUGGAAAGGGGCCGGCUUACUUUCAACCAAUACGAGCAGCAGAUCAGUGCUCGCCGGGAUUUCAUUCGCUGUGCUCGCAAGGACCCUGAGUCAGAAAAGAAGCUGGAGUUUGUGCGUAAGCGGUACCAUAAGGACAUCCUGAGCAGCCCGGUGCUGAUGCUGAACUUCUGCCCGGACCUGCUGUCGGAACCGCCGCCGCUGCAGCGCGCCUCACGAGAACUGCUCUUCCUCCUCGACCGCAGCGGCAGCAUGAGCGAGCACAACAUCGCCAAGAUCAAGGGGGCGAUGAUGGUGGCCAUCAAGAGUGUUCCCCCGGGCACCAUGCUCAACAUCAUCGGCUUCGGCUCCACCGUCAAGACCCUCUUCCCCACCAGCAGGCCUUGCUCCGAUGCCACUCUGGGGCAGGCGUGCGAGUACUUGCAGAGGAUGCGUGCGGACAUGGGCGGCACCAACCUGUUGGGGGCGCUGUGCUGGGUGUACCAGCAGCCUGCCCACCGCAGCUGCCCACGCCAGCUCUUCAUCCUCACCGACGGCUCCGUCAGCAACGUGGGCAAGGUGCUGGAGCUGGUGCGCCGAAACACCUGCUCUGCCAGGUGCUUUGGCCUGGGUCUGGGCCCACGGGCCUGCAGAAGGCUGCUCCAAGGUGUUGCCAAGGUAACAGGUGGCAGUUCGGAGUUUUUGAGUGAGGAGGAGAGGCUGCAGCCAAAGCUCAUUAAGUCAUUGAAGAAGGCCCUUGAGCCUGUGCUGACUGAUGUACGCAUUGACUGGUAUGUGCCCGACAACAUGGAGGCCUUGCUCUCGCCCAAUGAAAUCCCACCUCUCUACCCUGGCAGCCGUCUGAUUGGCUACUGCACCUUGUAUGAUGUGGCACCAUUUCGAAACAAGAAAACUGAGGUGAGGGGUGGGCGGCCCUACAGAGGCUCGUCGCGCGGCUCCUCGCUGGGCUCGGUGUUUGGGCAGGUGUCUGACGAGCUCCCGAACGCCAGCGAGCUCCUGCAGCAGCGGCUGCUGGUGGUACCGGGAGGAGAGGAGGAGGAGGACCUGGAGGAGGCGCUCAGGGAGAUCUCACGCGAGAUAUCAUCAGAGUUCUCCUGCGCCAAAACCAGCCAAGACCUGGACAAUAACAGCACAAAUGUGGACUCAUACAGUGAUGUCCGUCAGCGUAUUGAGGAAGCCUCCUAUGUCCAGAACCAGUACGUUCUGACCCACUGCUCCGUCAGCAGCGACCGCGGUCCGCUCUCUGGGUCCCCCGCGUCCACUUCGGACUGGGCCGGCCCGGCGCUGGACACGGGCUCUCUGCCGCAGGGGCUGGAGCAGGUGCCGCCACCAGAACCACGCGGGCUCUCACGCUGGGAGUCGCCAUGGCAGCACAACACCCCCUCGGAUAACACGGAUCCCAGCACUGGGCAGGCAGGUGGUCGUCUGUCAGAGAAGGAGGAAUGUCGUCGCAGGCAGAGGGCGCUGGCACGGUGUGCCAUGUCCGCGCGCAGCUUCUCGUCUCCGCAGGGCGACCUGGACAUGCACCGUCUGCGGCGGGCGCUGGAGAAGGUGUCCUUCGACCAGGCGGUGGGGGGGCGCCUGGAGGAGAGCGAUAGCGAGACGCAGCCCAGCUCCCGGGGAGCGCUCUCGCGACGCAGCCUCACCGACUCCAAUGGCCUGCUGUUCCCAGCUUCCCCUCUGGACUGGGAUGGCUUCACCGACCCCGAGUGCCUUUUUGCGGCCGCGCCGCCAGACGAGCCCCCGGCUCUGCAGGCCCGCUCCCUCAUCCACGGGCUGCUGGGCGGGCGGCCCGUGUCCUGGGAGGUGGCGGUGGACCUGAGCCCACUCUGGGGUCCGCAAGCCCCCCCGCCCGCCACGCCCGACCCCUGGGGGGAGAUCGUGCAUCAGCUGGCCGCUCGGUCCGUGAUCCGGGACUUUGAGAACAUGGCGGAGAAGGAAGCUGACAUUGAGCAUGGCCCGGCCAAGAGGUACAGGCUGAAGGCCAUCCAGACCAGCAAGAGCUGUAACAUCAUCUGCAUGUACACCUCCUUCAGUGCCAGGGACUCCAGCACCAGCACCACCACCACCAGCAAGGGCCUGAAGGACGCACUUUCCCACACCAGCAGCAGGAGGCAGCGGUCGCACUCGGUGGGUUUGGGGCGCAGGCCCUCCAGCCGGGACAGCGAGGAGAUGGAGGAGGCCUUCACCUCCACAGAUCGGGACGACACCCCAGCCUCCCCCUGCAGCCUCACCUCCUGGGACAGCAGCACAGGUCCCAGUGCGCACCCUGCCAGCCCCUCCAACGCCUCCACCCGCUCCCAGCGCUCCAUAGAGAGCAAGUCAGUGGAGAGCUUCUUUGGCUCCAGGUUUAACUUGGGACGGCUGAUGUCCACCAAUGCCUCAGGAAGACAGACGGCCUUGAAGCCCCACUGCCUGUCAGCCGAAGCAGACAAGCACACAGAGGCCGACACGCCAAACUACCUAGCUCUGGUGCACCUGCAGCUGGCUUCCGGAGCGUUCCGUCUGGACGAGUCGUACUCCGUGUGCAUCCAGAUUCCGCUGGACCGCCUGAAGCGUGCGUCCCCCUACACCAGCCACCGCAGCAGCCUCAGCCCCCCCAUACGCUGCCUCUCCCCGCCAGCCAACCACCCCGACGACACCCCCCCUGUCCUGGAGGGCUCCCCGGAUCUGCCCAGCGGGGUGGUUCCCCAAGCGGACAGCGGCCGGGGGUCCGAGACGGACAUGUGCGAGGUGUCCUCUCUGGAGCCCGGCGAGCCCCAGGCUGGAGGGGAGGCACCCCUGGGCCAGACUCACACCGACCUGGAGAGCCUGUGCUGGGCCACGGCGGUGGCUCUGGCCUGGCUGGAGCACCGGUGCGCCGGCUACUUUGUGGAGUGGGAGCUGAUCGCCGCCAAGGCGGAUUUCUGGUUGCGCGGGCAACGGUUGCCGGCGGGACUGGACCUGGCGGGGCUGAGGGCGGCGGCGCGCUCGCUGUUCCUGCUGCUGCGCCACUGGGACGAGAACAUCCAGCUCAACAUGCUCUGCUACAACCCCAACAACAUGUGAUCACUCAGGACAUGGCCAUACCAACAUUACAAUCACAAUAACAUGUGAUC